UCGGCUGGUUCCGCCUCUCUCCUCCCGACCAGACUCUGCUGUUCCCGUCACGGAGCGUUCAAGUGGAGGAGGAGAGAAGAGGAGCAGAGGAGCAGAGCGGAAGAAUAAAAGGAGUCAACCAUAGUUAAACAUUGACUUCAGACCACCAGCGGAAAGUGAACGCGGCGCGACUCCGGCAGCUCUGACGUCGACAGCAGAGUCCAUGUAGAGCCAGUUCUCCCCGGUCUGUGGUGUCAACACACGGCUGGAGUUGUGGCAUUGCGCCGGGAGCGACGGAGCAGAGCAGAGGGAGAGAAAGAAAGAGAGAAGGGGCUCUCCUCCCUGUCUGUGGACGGAGAGAGUGUUGGCUUCAGUGGAAGGAGACCCGGCGACACCUGAGUGCACGUUACCCGGCCAGUGUUCUUUAACCCAGGAUGUCUUCAAAGCCUCACAGUGCCAAUAACAUCGCCAAUGCCCGGCGGAUGGUGCAGCAGCUGAGAAUAGAGGCAAGCAUUGAGAGGAUAAAGGUUUCCAAGGCCUCUGCAGACCUCAUGAACUACUGCAGCGACCAUGCGAGGAACGACCCUCUCCUCAUGGGCAUCCCUGCCUCAGACAAUCCCUUCAAGGACAAAAAACCCUGCACUAUAUUGUAGUGGAUGCCACUUAGCCUCUUAUGUGUUUAUUUUUGCUCAUUAAUGUUGCUGUAUGUCUUUGUUUUGGGAGGUGUGAGGGAUUUUCUCAAAGGUCUUAAAUAAUGAGGUGUUCUGUGGCUGCACUGUUGGCCACAUAUUGGUAUUAUUCACUGAAACGAUUGACCACGGCACAGCUCGAGCUCUGACCACCGAUGAGUCUUUGGCUGCAUGAGUUGUGAUGGCAUCAGGUACAUAAUCAUCGACCGCAGAUGCUGUUUUCUGAAUACGUGAACAGCUCUGACUUUCCUCAGUGGUGGAUUUUGUCCAUCAUCUGUCGCACACACAGUCUCAUCUGUACUAGCAUGUAGCUGUUGUUGCCUUUCUGAUUUCAUACAGUCAACGUUUCCCUCCCGUCCUUGAGAAGUUUAUUCCAAGAUGGAUAAUCAUUUCUCCCAACAGUAUGUUACAGAUUUGAAUACAAGGUUUACAUUGGUCUUCUACUCAAAUGUUACCAUUAUGUAUCUUUGAUUAGGGCAGUAAAUUCAAACUACAGUAAAUCAAAGUAUUCUGCCACCCAUCACUUAUUUCACCAGCUUCCUGUCUGUUAUUUGCAAUAUGGUCACCAUGAUACAGUGUUGUCUUCAGCUGAUUCAAUCAAGCACCGGGUCCCAUAUUAUCUUUAAUCCCUAUGUUCUCUGAAAGUGUAUAAGCGUCAUGUUGAAGAAUCUGACUUUUACUAGAAUUAAGUUGUAAUUUUUCUAGAAUAAGUUUUUAGGCAGCGUUUCAUGUUUGAGGGAGAUGUGGAGUAUCUUGUUAUAAGUUAUACUUAU